AACCAUGGUCAGUGAGUGAAUAGCCAUGUUGGAGGGUAUCUUCUUCGAGACCUUUAAAGAGUUGGUGAAUAUUAACAAUGGUUAAGAUCGCAGAGCUAGUCUUCUUCAACUGAAAAUGAAACUUUCCUAAUUCAUUAAACCCCAGAAGUCAUUCUCUUGAAAGUGUGGAGUUCUUUCAUCCAAUUAUCGGGGGUCAUGUUCUUUCCAUAGUUAGUUUCCUUCCAAGUAAGUUCAUAAAAUCAAUUCAAUUUGAAUAUCUGAGACGCUUCUCAUUCAAGUCUCAGUUUAAACAGUUUCAUGAGAGGAUUCUAACAUGGAGACUGGAGAGUAUACCCACUUAAUAAUCAAAGAACUGUUUGGAAAAAUAAAAAAAAUGAAACCACUCGUUUUUGCUUUUACGGAAGUACCCCUAAAUUCGUCAAAAUCAAAGUACAUCAAAUUACAAAGAAACGUAAUUAGCAACGGGACGAAACGUUGGAGGCGGAUUCUAGAAGGAGCUGUCCUCAAUAAUGGUUUCAUCAUUAUCAUCAUCAACUCUUAUCUUGCAUAGAUCAUAUUUGUUUCCCUUGAUUUCUGCAGAAAUGUACCAAAAAAGAAAAGACAGUAUUAUGUUCGGGCUGUAGUUCUUAAGUCAAGCAAUUUCAGUAAAUCAAACAAGAAUGGCGAAGAGCGUAUUCAGGCGAGAGCAUGACUUGGCUCAAUUCCAUUCAUCUAUGGUGGCUUUAUUCGCAGAACAGAGGCGUGCUGAAGCUGCGAGAAUUAGGAAGAAAUACGCUGAUAGAAUUCCGGUGAUUGUAGAGAAGGCUGAGAGAAGUGAUAUCCCCUACAUCGACAAGAAAAAAUACCUUGUCCCAGCUGACCUGACAGUGGGCCAAUUUGUCUAUGUAAUUCGGAAAAGAAUUAAACUGAGUGCAGAAAAGACAAUCUUUAUAUUCGUGAACAAUGUCCUUCCACCAACAGGAACUAUAAUGUCCACCAUUUAUGAUCAAAAGAAGGAUGAAGAUGGAUUUCUUUAUGUUACUUACAGUGGGGAAAACACAUUUGGGUAGAGAUAAGAUUGUAAAGCCUGAUUUUCUCUUUCGCCGGUUUCCUAUCCAGAAUUUUCUGGCAUCACAAAACUGGCAUCGUGCCAACUGGAUGUACUUGUUCUGUGUCUAUCUGUACGGUUCUACUUUGUACAUAACAUAACAACAAAUUGUUUAUUGAUGUUCCUGGGACGUAAGAUAUCACAAGGGUUCUUCAGCGCCCUUGGGCAAAAGUGAUUCUGAACUACAUAGAAACUGAACUGACUGCA